AUGGAGUGCUAUUCGUCGAAGCUCGCCUGGUCCUUCGUUCUCGCGUUCGCCAUGGCCGCGGCCGCCGGCAUAGCGCCGUGCGCGGCGCAGAACGCUCCGUCGGACUUCGUGAGCCCCCACAACGCGUCGCGCGCGGCCGUGGGCGUCGGGCCGGUGAACUGGGACGCGACGGUGGCGGCGUACGCGCAGAACUACAGCAACGUGCGUAAAGCCGACUGCAAACUCCAGCACUCCGGCGGGCCGUACGGGGAGAACAUCUUCUCGGGCUCCUCCGGCUACGCCUGGAGCGCGUCGGACGCCGUGACCUCGUGGACCUCGGAGCAGCAGUACUACAACUACGCCACCAAUACCUGCUCGGCGGGCCAUAUAUGCGGGCACUACACGCAGGUGGUGUGGCGGUCCUCCACGGCCAUCGGCUGCGCCCGCGUCGUCUGUGACAACAACGCCGGCGUCUUCAUCGUCUGCAACUACAACCCGCCGGGCAACUACGUCGGACAGAAACCAUACUAG